ACAGGGUGACCAUAUGAAUGGUGUUGCCGAUCUUGAGUUGUUUCAAGUUUCCUAGGGCCUUGGCUGCAUCUGAAGAGGGUGUGCUGAUUGUGGCCGUAUUUUGCGUGGCAUCCACGCGAACCCUAAGAUUGGCUUGGCGCCACGUGAAGUUGAUCGAAUUCAACAGAGCCAGGGAAACCUCGGCUAUGUCCAGAUUUGCAAGCUUGAGGCCGUCUUGUGGGCGCAGAACUAAUUUAAAAUCAUCGCGGGGAAGUGGAUUGGGCCUGGGGGCGGCUUUGCGUACUGGCAGGGGAGUUGGAGGUUUGGGCACGGCGGCUGGGCCUACCUCAUCGUUGAGCUUGCGCUGGCGUCGCUUCUGUGCCUUGGUGACAACAUCGAUCCAAGUUGAGUCAUGUUCUGAGGAGAGCUCUGAGUAUUCACCUUCGUUGGAAUCGUGGUUCAUCGCGAUAUCCUCUUCGUCGUUUGAGUUUGGGCUAGGGGAGUCCGCGACGCGGCCCCCGUCGGCGGCGGACGAGCCCGACGUUGGGAGUAAUCUUGAGAAGUUGGUCACAGAAAUGUUUCCAGGCAUACACUACAAUGAGCUGAGUCGGCUGGUAGCGUUGAAGUCUGGCUGGAAUCCGAUUUUCCUCACAAAUAGUUGAAAUACUGCGGAGCUCAUGCGGAAUGCGUCCACUCCGCCGUGAGUCUUCGUCUUUCUCCCUUGAAGAUGAAGAGUUCAAUUUAACCGACGACCAGGGUCUUCGUGCCGACGGGACUACGGACGCCGUUCCGCACAACGCCGACUCCAGACCUGAAGCGCUGGAAGUUGGAGGGGAUCCCGCCAAAGGAAGAGAAGAGGCCUCUCAAGCAUCUGACGUCUGCUUCCUGGGGGACGAAGACAAGGCCAGCAUGGUGAUGCCGCCGCGGAAGUCUAUCCAACUCGAGGAAAGCAACGUGGAGAAGUCAGCGGAUGGGGAGGCGGAGCAGGAAGUGGGUCGUCCUGGCCGUCCCCCGUGGAACUCCGAGACCAAGCCGGGGCUGGAUGAGCGAGACCAGAGUCAGGGGUGCUCAGAAAAAGCGUCCUGUUCGAGCCGUCCUUCUGGAAAGAAGGAACAGAAGAGGAAGCAGCGCAGGGUCAGUGUUUUCCGUCCUGCUCCGAACGAUUCUGAUCAGCAACGUCAACAGAGGCGCGACGAGUCGAGCCAGAAGCAGAAGUCGUCCAGGCCGGAAAGGGGAAGCGCGGAGGCACCCAUCCCAAGGAUCCAUCAGCCGGCGGCGGCUGCAAGAGAAAGGGAUCCAAGGGGAGCGCGGAGAAAACCAGGCUGGAUGAGGAAAAUCCGGAGCAGGGUCCCUCGAAAACCUCGUCUCCAUCGCAGAACGACAUCGGGUGUCCGUCCAGACGGAAAAGACAUAGGAGGAAGAGGCAGCCCGAGAUCAGCGUUCUCCGUCCUGGUGCGGACAUUUCUGAUGAAGGGCAGUUUUGGAAAUCUGGCGAAGGCGAGUCUCGCAGAAGGGAGCUGUCGUCGAGACUGGGACACAGAAAUCCUGCGGAUAUUCAUCCCAAGGAAGUAUUUACGGACAGCGGCUGCGAAAGCAAGGGGCUUGGCUGCGACAAGGAAGAGUUAAGUCUGGGCAAGCGAGAGGAUCCGAAGCGCAGGCGGUCCGAGAGGUCAUCCCGAUUAUGGCACGGCAAGUCUGAUGGCGACAAUUCAGGCGCCGACAUGAGCGGGCCGUUCACUCAAAAAAGACACAAGAAGAGAAGGCUGCGCAGGGUCGGUGCCUUCCAAUCCGGCCCGGCCCCAUCCAAUCAACAACGUCACCAGAAGCUGAAGAGGAGCAACUCCAGAAAGAGAAAGCCGUCGUCUGGGCUGGGAGACGGAAAUCGUGAAGAUAUCCACCCCAAGAAAGCACCAACCGACAGCGGCUGGAGGAGCAAGGAGCACAGCGGUGACGCUAGGAAGCCAAAGCUGAAAAAGCAAAAAGGUUCGAAGCAGCGGCGCUCAGUGCGCGCAACUCCAGAAAGUUUUCUUCGAGGCCGGAAGAAAGCAAACGCCAGAACACCUAUCACAAGGAGCCAUCGAUCCAGACCAGAAGUGCGAGCAACGGGCCUGGAGGCGACA